UAGGUGUAGUCUAACAUACUAUAUUUAAAAUGAUACAUGGUUUUCUUGCAAAAGAUGGCAUGAUUUUCAGACUAACCAGGAAUAUUUUCAGGAUAUUUCAAUCGACGAAACAUCUAUCUUAAGGAAGUACAACGACUUGUCCUUCAUUUUCAGCAUCUUAUCUUGAGGUAUUUAGAGUUUUUGAUAAGUAGACAUUUAUACAGGACUCGCCCAACUGCAAAGAUAACUCUUUUUAACCCAUAACACCAGAUCACAAUGAUUUUGCUUACAGCAUUCGAAACAAUAUGAUACAGUAACACUGGUUACACUUAAAGAACCUGGCUUAAAUGAUACUAAAAACACAAUGAUACCGUAACACUGGUUACACUCAAUGGAUUUCGAUGUGUUUCAAAUAAUGCGGGCUUUACCAAAGGGAUCUAAAAAAUUCAGAUCUGAAUUUCAUUAUUCUUUGUCAAAACAUGUGGUUUUGAAACCAAUGCUUUAUGGCUUAUGUGAUUGUAAGUCACCAUCAUAUUCCAUUAGGGUUUCUAUUGAAGGAACAACAUUCUUUACAAUCAUAUCUCUCUUCAGAGUUCUGCAUAUAAUUACAUUUUAUCAGUAGAAGGUGCUUUCAGCUUCCAAAAGAAGUCCUUCGAGCGUUGAAGUAUUAGCUUUUCCGCGCACGCUCCUCCCGCUAAUUAAAUCUAAUGUAACCUGUAAUAAAUUCGCUUGUCGCGCUUUUCCGGUCGUGCGAAUCAACCCUUUUUCGCGCGUUUUGUGUAUGCAAAUUCUGCCGGCAAAUUGCCCUGGCGCCAUUGAGCCUUAUCAUCUAUGACAUCCUGAGUCCUGUAGCCUGAGUGCCGUACCUGCCGGAGUCACCCUCGUAGAUCCUCGGAUUCCCUCGCGAUUUGGCGUACAAAGCAAUUUUCUGGCAGCCACGCGAAUCAAUUUUCGGCAAAAUAUUCGGCAUAAUAGUUAAGUUUUAUGCGAAUUCCGCUGGCAGAACAUCCGUUUCCGGCUGAAAAAAGAGAAGGAAGAAGGAGAAAGGGUUUCGGUCACAUUGAACUCCACCCCUCACUUCAGAUUGACAAUCAGCAUGCGGUCUCAUAUCCGCUGGAUGGCAAACAAAACCGGGGAAAACUUUCACUUAGGCGAAUAUUGCGCAACUAUUGGGCUGCACAACCCGUUGACACAAAUCGCACUAAAUCAAAAAUUAUGCUUUGCACAAAUAAAGCGAAAGGACGCGUACGAGGACGAGGAUGCCUCGCAGGAAGUCGCUACACCCUGUGGCCAUAAAUCUCAUCUAGUCAAAUAUUGAAUUACGCCGGAUGAAGAGGCAGGGAUGCGAGGGGCAGGGAAAGGGUUCUCCGGCGAUUCGCAGCUUCACUUUAGUGGGUCAGAAGGAUGUGGCACAUCCCUGCAGAUUCGCUAUAUUCUCUAUUCCUAUAUAUGGUGUGUGACAUUUUUCCGGCACAUCGCUUUGUCCUGUUUAUUUAAUAAAAAUUGAAGUUAUGAGUGCUCAAGGGUCGUUUAUGCGUCGAUAAUGAAUAGUUAUGGCUGUUUGAAGGGUUCAGAUUCAUAAUGCUUUGUUUGGGUCGCUUAUGAUGCAAUUUAUUCAUGUUUGUGUAGUUAUUGGAUGUUGGGGUGACAAUGGGUUAAGGGAUUUUCCCUCUUUAUAUUCCGAUUUAUUGAUAAAAACCAAUAAAAACACGCCCGUUGCCAACAAAAAACAACACAGACAUAGGUGAGUGAAACGUACAUUUUCCAAACUACAUUUUUAAUCAAUUUCAGGUGGUUUCAAAAAUACAAACACCUACAGAAAUACUGCAAUACUGCGAUACACUUUCAGUUUGCCUGCUUACCAUAAAACCUCUAAAAUAAACAUGAAUAUACAACCAACCAAACAAAUGUUUUAAUUGCUUAUUGUUUUCGCUAGUAAAUUCAGCUAAAUUGUAUAUUUUCUUCGACAUCAAUACAGAUAAAAAACGACUCAAAGUAAAUAAUAACUAUGAAUGAUCAUAGCGACGCCGAUUCAGCUGUUUGGGGUUUUUUAGAGCUCCCGGGGGUUCACCUUUUGACUCAUCGACGAGCUCUUCUUUGGUAAAAACCAAGCUGAUAAGGGAAAUUAUGAUGUCAGCGGUAGAAUCGGAAAUAUUUAAUCAAGAGGCAUCCCGGCUACAGCUUCAGUGUUAAUUCAACGCUCAGCUCAGAAACAAAACCUUCGGAUUAUAUUACUAUCAAAAUGAUAUACUUUAAAUUCUGCUGGCUUCUAGUCGUCGUUCUGCUCUUCAUUUCAUCGCAAAAUGUAUGCGCAGCUCCAAAGAGAAAAGGAAAACGAAUAUUUCAGCUUCCUAAAAUCAACAUAAAUAUCCAUCAUAACAAUAUUCACAUCGGCUAAAGGUGGAUUUGUUUAAUAACAUCUUAGAGUAGUUGCUGUUGAAUAAAAUUACAUUGCAGUAGUUAUAUGUUCCGCCAUUGUAUGGUUGCUUUAAAAAAUAACCUAUUAAACGUACUUAAAACAUA